UCUGUCAACGUGGCUACUGAUUUUUUUGACAAACAAAGUACUAUUGGACCCCACUUUGUAAUCGAACCUUCAAAAUUUUAUGUAUAUAUAAAUGUUUUAACUUAACAAACUUUACGUGCCACAUUUUCUUGAUUUUGAGUGAAAGAGCUAAGGGGGGUGUUAAAGUUUUGAUUUUUUUUGAUGAAAUAUUGAAGUUGGAGGAAUACCCUUUUGGUAAUUUGUUGUUGUUUAGGGGGAAAUUUGGUGAUGGAGAUGGAGUUUCAAGAAAGGUUGCCUAAUUCAUAUUAUAGUGUUCUUGGUGUUAAUGUAGAUUCUUCUGAUGAAGAAAUUAGAAGAGCUUAUAGAAAGCUAGCAAUGCAAUGGCACCCUGAUAAAUGGACAAGGACACCAUCAUUGUUAGGUGAAGCUAAGAGGAAAUUUCAGCAAAUUCAAGAAGCUUAUUCAGGCUUGUAUGACCCUGAAGAAGAUGAAGAUGAGGAAUUUACGGAUUUUCUACAAGAAAUGACAUCUCUAAUGAAAGAUGCAAGGAAAGAGAACAGGAGUUACAGUAUGGAGGAGUUGCAAAGCAUGUUUUGGGAAAUGGCUCAAGGCUUUGAGACUUGUAAUUGGUCUAGCUUCCCUCAACAACAAAACUUUGAGUCUCCACAAUGGUUUUGUAGUAGUUCUAUGGCUUAUGAUGACUGUAGAACUUCAAGCACAGCUCAGUUGGAUGCGAAUUUUGCAGACAGAAAUCCCUUCUUCGGUUUUCCAAGCAUGGAGAUGCAUGGAGCUAACCGUUUCUGCAGAUAAAAAAAGCUUCUUCAAGAAAGUACGAAUAGCUGCAGAGAUUCAUGUUGCUUGCUUUUUGAAGGGAUACGAAAAAUUUUGGUGCACCAGAGAAAUUGUACUUAGUUGGAUGCGAUCAUGCUUAACACUAACGCGUUACGACGAGAAAUGAAGGGCAAAAUUCAUUUUUGGUUUUGGUGACUUGUGUUGUUGCAGGCAAGAAACAAUGUGCCAUGCUGCAACAUCUCUUGUGAUGAGAUGUUUUUUCUUCCAUUUUCUGUAAAUAUAAGUUCUUGAAUGGGGUUUCAAGAAUUUGUAGUUUUACUUUGAAUGAGAUUGUGGAGAAACAUUAUGCAUGAGAAAUCUUGAUUUUGUGUAGUGUUAUUAUUGACAA